AUGGGGUAUGUAGAUAAAACGAUAAGAUAUGUAGUGGUUCCUAGUCUCAUGAUAUUAAGAUAUGUAGUUAUUGAUGGGAAUAUUCUAUAUAAAAAAAUGAACAAAAAAGCUAUAAUUGGAAUAUAUAUGAAGUAUAUUUAUAUUAUGGCACAUGCCGAAAUGCAUUAAAUAAAAGUCAAAUUCCCGUCUUUCCCUUCCUCCCCCAACACACAACCAGAUCUUGUCCCCUUCCCCCGACCCAUGGAGACCAGUGAAGCUCUGCUAUGAUCUCUCUCUCUCUCUCUCUCUCUCUCUCUCUCUCUCUCCCUCCCAGAGCUACUGGUCUUCAUAAGCAGGGGCAGAGUCUUUCAUCCUCCUCCUCCGUCACCUUCUUCCCCGCUCCUUCUUCUUCUAGGGUUUUCCUCUCUCUGUAGUCUGGUCGCCCUUCUGAGAUGGCCACAGUCGCAUUUGCCUCCUCCACUGGGCCUUUCUUCUCCGUGGAGGACAACCCCACCCCACAGCAGCGCCCUCGAGAGGCCUCCUUCUCCUUCUACCUCGCCGGCCCCGAGAGCUACGCCCUGCGGCUCGGCGGAGAAUUCUCCGACCGCAGAGGAAGCUCCGCCACCCAGAUCGCCCUCGCCGGCGGGAGGCCGUCGGCGGCGGCGCCGGAGGACGAGCUGGACGUCUUCAGCGCAGAGAAAUACUUCAGCGGCAGCGGGACGGAGCUUGCGGAGGAGAGGGAGAGGCCGUGGAGGACGCCCCCCUCCGGAGGCGGCGAGCUCGCCGGCGGCGGCCAGAAGGUCCGCUGCGGCCCGCCGAGUGUGUGCUCGGAGGCCAGCAGGAACAGCCGCACCGCGCUGCUGAAGGACCUCCCCCGACGAUCUCGCCCGCCGCCGGUGAGGAGGAAGUUGCUCCGCCUGUUCCCGUGUUCCUGCUCCGACGAGGCCUCCGUCGAGGUGGACGACGCCAAGAGCAGCACCGGCGGCGGCGGAGGGGGGGGAGCCCACCAGGUCCGGCGGGAGAACUGGAGCAGGAAGGAGGACUGCUUCUCGGCGGCGCCAGCUUCGACUGCGGCGGCGGUGGCGGUGACGGCCGGAAAGCCAGCAGCGGCCAGCGGAGGGAGUCGGCGGGUCCCCUCCGCGAGACUGGGGAGCAACUUUAACCCGUCUGUGGUCAGUUCCAGCUGGGUCAGCCGGGCAUUGCCCCCCCCACCCCCCGGGGGCGCUGGCGCCGGCGCCGGAGAAGACGACGCCUGCAGCGAGUCGAGCUCGGAGCUGUUCGAGAUCGAGAGCAUCUCCACCGGCACGCUGGCGCUCGGCUGGGAAGGCGGCGCUUCCGCCGCCACCUGCUACGAGCCGAGCGAGGCGAGCAUCGAGUGGAGCGUCGUCACCGCCAGCGCCGCCGACGGCGAGGCGAGCCCUCCGCCACCGCCGCCGCCGGCGCCGCCGGGGAGGAAGUGGGCGGAGGAGGAAGGAUGGCGGGGAUCGCAGCGGCGCCGCCGGGGCGGGGGGGGGCUGCUGGGCUGCGGCGGCGUCAAGGUGGUGAUGCCCGAGCGGGCCCGAGCCCCCCCCAGGCCCGCCGCCGCAACGGUCCCCGCCAUCAGGUGCCGCGCGCUGGCGGCGCGCGAGACGUGGCCCCAGAUCUCCGCCCCGCCUCCACGUGUGCAGCCGGCUGUAACCACCAUCCGCGUCCCGCCACAUGUCAUCAGCCCCUCCCCACCCUUUACGUGA